UCGGUCUGUUCGUUUCUGGCGUUGGGCUAAUAUAUAGGCCCGGCCAGCCGAGCGUGAGCCUUGGUGUGGCGUGCGUGCAAAACGUUAGAUCGCCCGUCCCGCUGUCCAUGUCCUCCGUCUACCGUCUACCAUCGACACCACCUCGCCAGGCAGCGCGCAAAACCUCUCCCAUCCGAUCCUGCUCUCCGCUGUCUUCUCGACCGUACGAGCGGCCGCCGGAGCGCAAUGCGAAGCGCGCGAGGGAGGAGGAGAUCCAUGCCGCGCCCGCGCAGCCGGACUUCCCCUUCGAGGAGGAGGAGGAGGAGGAGGAGGAGGAGGAGGAGGCCGCGGCGGGGGCGGGCGAGGCGUCGCGGCGGCCACCGGGGGUGUUCCAGUUCCCCUGGCAGAAGUGCCGCGGCGGGCUGGGCGUGUCCGCCGCUGGGUCGUCACGGGAGCUGCGCGACGUCUUCUUCCGCUCCCUCGUCGACGGGGGCGCCGCGGCCAUCGGCGUGCCGGGGGACCGGCUGGUGUCGCCGCCGCCCGGCAGGCGCGCGCUCCUCGAGGGCGUCGACGCGUGGCUCGCCGCGGCCGCCGACGGCGAGGUGGACCCGGUCUGGCGGUCCGCGCUCAUGGCCCGCUCGUCGAGGAUGGACGGACGUGGGCCCUCCCCGCGCAUGCUUCGACCCCGCGUGGCAUCGAGUGCGCUGCGGUGCCCUCCAUCAUCAGCCGCGUGACGCUGAGGUGGCUCGAGGCAGCGCUGUGGGGACCGUGGGUGCUGAUAUGAUGGAGUAGGCAAGAGGACCAAGGAGAAGCGGUAGAGAAUCAUGGCCAGUGGGUGGUGAUCCUUGUCUUUCCCAUGUUAUCCGCACUGUAUACUGUACAAUUAUCAUUAGACAUGCCGGCAAAAAAAAAAAGGUUCUGUAAUCUUUUGGGGAAACCAUUGCAACAUCCGUUUCUCCUAUUUCACCUAGAUACUAGAGUAGACCAUGGUAGAUAUAGAAUUAUAGAUAAGGCCUUGUUUGGUUCUUUAGUCACUAACUAAAAUUUAGUCGCUAAAGUAUCCCGUUUGAUUCCA